AUGUCUCAACCAGAUAUUUCCACAACGGAUGAGUCGGACGACGAGUCAUUCCACCACCCUUCUUGGCCUGAACGCUGGACUGAUUCGGAGUUUAUGGUUUCUCAUGAUGAACGCCGAGCACGUUGGAUUCAAGAGCCAUGGUGGAAAGACAAUGAUCGUACAUCGGUAAACUUCAUAGCUAACUUUAAGUGGCCUUGGGGUUUUAUUAUUUAUCGCACUGUCUAUACUCCGGAAUCAGAUGAAGUGUGGACCUCUUGUCUCGACAAGAUUACCCGUUAUAUCUAUUGGGAAAUCGAUCACAUCGAUGGAAAGCGGUACGAUAGCUAA